AUGCGCCCCAUUCCACUCUUUAUCACCAUCCUCGUCUUGAGCUUGAUUCAGGUCACGCGUGCCAUCUCGUCAGCAACUGCAAAGAGCGCGCUGAAGAUCCAUAACGAAUUCCGUGCAAAGCAUUCAGCACCCGCCUUGAAGUGGAGCACCACCUUGGAAAAGUAUGCCCAGAGCUGGGCCAACAAGUGUGACUUCAAGCACACCAAUGGCCCCUAUGGUGAGAACCUCGCUUGGGGCUACGCUAACUUCCCAGCUGCUAUCAGCGCAUGGUACAACGAGGAAGAGAAAUAUGAUUACAACAAUCCUGGCUUCUCCGGCUCCACUGGUCAUUUCACUCAAGUGGUCUGGAAGUCCACCACUGAACUCGGCUGCGGUAUCAAGACCUGCCCCGAUGGAGCCAAGAACUACGUUUGCUCGUACAAGUCUCCGGGCAAUGUUGUCAGCAGCGACAAUGCUUAUUUCAAAAAGAACGUUUUGCCAAAGUAA